GGCAGCGAUGGCGGCAGGCGGAGCGCGGCCGGCUGUGGUGCUGGGCGCCAUGGAGAUGGGGCGGCGGGCAGGGCCGGAGGUCAGCGCCGCGCUGCUCCGAGCCUUCCUGCGCCGCGGGCACAGCCAGCUCGACACCGCGUACAUGUAUGCGGGGGGAGAGUCGGAGAAAAUCCUGGGAGCGCUGCUGGCUGCAGGCACCGAGCCCGUGCAACUCGCCACCAAGGCCAACCCCUGGGAUGGGAAGACGCUGAAGCCCGAGAGCGUGCGGUCACAGCUGAACACAUCCCUGGAGAGGCUGAAGAGGACUAGUGUGGAGCUCUUCUACCUCCAUGCUCCUGACCAUGGGACCCCGGUGGAGGAGACACUGCGUGCCUGCAAUGAGCUGCACAAAGAGGGGAAGUUUAAGGAACUUGGUCUGUCCAACUAUGCAGCAUGGGAGGUAGCAGAAAUCUGCACCAUCUGCAAAUACAACAACUGGGUGAUGCCAACUGUGUACCAGGGCAUGUACAACGCAACCACUCGCCAGGUGGAAGCUGAGCUCUUCCCUUGCCUCAGACACUACGGGCUGCGGUUCUACGCCUACAACCCACUUGCAGGAGGGCUGUUGACUGGCAAAUACAAGUAUGAGGACAAAGACACGCGUCAACCCACAGGAAGAUUUUUUGGGAAUGACUGGGCUCAAGCUUACAGGGACAGGUACUGGAAAAAACACCAUUUUGAAGGCAUUGAAAUAGUAGAAAGAGCUCUGAAAGAUGCUUAUGGCUCUAAUGCACCAAGCCUGACCUCCGCAGCUCUGCGCUGGUUGUACCAUCACUCUAAGCUGCAGGGUUCUCUUGGAGAUGCGGUGAUCGUUGGGAUGUCCAACUUGGAGCAGCUUGAGCAGAACCUCAACUACAGUGAAGAGGGGCCCCUACUCCCUGCCGUGGUGGAAGCAUUUGACAAGGCCUGGAGCUUGGCUGCCUCCGACUGCCCCAACUACUUCCGCUAGAGACCAGGGUAGGGAGAAGAAAGUGGAUGCCAUUGGGGUGGAUGAUCAAGCACUGGACAGGUACUUGCUAAGCCUGCCCCUUUGAUCAAUGUGCAAAUGGUUUUUUUCCUGUACUAAUAUUAAUGAAGCUUUGCAGGAUCCACUCCAAUUGUCAGCACUUGGUGUGUUGGCCGUGCCUUCAUCCUCCUGCCCUCCUGACUUCCAGCUCUGUGCAGCACACUGUGAUGUACACAUGUAGUUAAUCAGGGAAAAAUGGACACGUAACUGGAUGGACAGGGGAAAAUGAACACUUAACCCCAGUUCACCCUUAAUAUGAGAUUUUUAAAUAAUUAUAUACAAUAAAACCUUUUUCUCACACUGC